UCCCCUGCAAAACUGCCAGGCAAUCACGGCUCCGUGAUUAAUUGCUGGCCGGCCAGAGGUGUUGCUGCGGCGACAGCCAUCGGCCAUCAACUCCUGCGCCAGCUCGGAGCGCCGGGCAGCGCUGCCCCGGCAGAGAUGUUCAGCUUUUGGCCCUUUUCCCCUCAAAGGAAACCCUGAGCUCGCCCCGGCACCGCGUCAGCAUCGGGGACAGUCGGCGGCACCUUCGCCUUAACCCGCCUCAACCCACGUCAGCCCCCCGGGACUCCCGGAGCCGGGUCCGUCUCAGGGGAUGGAUUUUCCCCUCCCGCCCGCAGCGGGACCCAGGCAGGAUCCCGGGUGUUGGGGGCGGGGGGGGGGGGGGGUGCGCUGCCCGGGGACCUCCGCUCCGUCCCCAGGCACCCGCCGCUCCCGCACCGGCACCUGCCCGGAGCCUCCCCGGCGCUGCGGCAAAACCAAACGGGAGCCGAGCCCCAGGGCCGGGCCGGGAGUGAGAUGUCACCCGCGCGGGGCUGGUGCAGGAUGUGGGACCACGACGGUCAUUUCCUGCCGGGAAGCGGAGACCCCCCCGCCCCCCCAAGAGCUGCCAGAGGCGCCCGAGACGCCGAACCGAGAGCAUCGCCGGGAUCGCCGCGCUCCAGAGCAGCCCCGCCGCCGCUACCAGUAUGGCUGAGGCGACCACUGCCCCCACCGAGACACACACUGUCCUGAACGAGUAUGGGGACUACCACAACUGGUCCGAGCUCUUCCACCUCCUGAACUACACCUACACCUUCUGCGAGUUCAGCCUGGAUGAGAACGUCAAGCGGGUGAUUCUCUUCAUCCUUUACCUGGUCAUCUUCGUGGUGGGCUUGGUGGAGAACCUCCUCGUCAUUUGGGUCAACUGGCAGACACGGGGCAACAAGAGCUUGGUCAACCUCUACAUUAUCAACAUGGCCAUUGCUGACCUCGGAGUGCUGCUGUCGCUGCCCAUCUGGAUGCUGGAGGUGAUGCUGGAUUACACCUGGCUCUGGGGCAGCUUCCUCUGCCGCUUCACGCACUACUUCUACUUUGCCAACAUGUACGCCAGCAUCUUCUUCCUCACCUGCUUGAGCGUGGAUCGCUACGUGUCCCUGACCAGCUCCUCCCUCUUCUGGCGCAAGCACCAGCACUGUGCACGCCGCAUCAUCUGCGCCUGCAGCUGGGUCUUGGCAGCCGCGAUCCCAUUCCUGGAGGUGGCUCACAUGCAGCUGGUCAAUACAGGAGAGCCCAUCUGCAUCUUCGUGGCCCCCUUCGAGACCUAUGACAAGUGGGCACUGGCGGUCAGCUUGGCCACCACCACCAUUGGGUUCCUCAUCCCCUUCCCCAUCAUCACCGUUUUCAACAUCCUGACAGCCAGGUUCAUCAAGCGCACCAAGCCGGAGAGCAGGAAGCACUGUCUGCUCAUCUACACCUAUAUUGUGGUGUUCCUCAUCAGCUGGCUGCCCUUCCACAUCAUGCUGACACUGCUCACCCUCGACGGCAACCACAUCAUCCUGCACUGCACCUUCGCCCACUUCCUCUACUUCUUCUACGACAUCAUAGAUUGCUUCACCCUCCUCCACUGCGUGAUUAACCCCAUCCUCUACAACUUCCUCAGCAAAAACUUCCGCAGCAAGCUCAUCUCCGCUGUGGUGAAGUACAUCCCCAAAGACCAAGGCAACCAGAAGGGCGCAGACAAUUCCUCCUCCACCACACAGCACUCCAUAGUCAUCACAAAGGACAACAACCCUCCCAAUUAAGGGGGAUCGGACUCUCCCACUCGUCACUGGCAAGUGGCUGCGGGGUGGGGGGCAGCCCCCUGCGCUCACUGGGGUCAGGGAGAUUAUUUUUCCUGGUGAUAAGCAGACACUUUGCUUCUAAACAACACUUCUUGGCUGGCCACCUCCUGUGCUCUGAAGGCAGGACAGGGUGCCAGACGUGAGAUGCGAGGGUGUGGGGAGCCACAGACAUCUUGUUUGCUGCUGUAUCAGAUCUAUUCAGCUAAAGAAAGAACUCGAGAAAGAGGUAUUUCCUGUUUUCUGUCAGAAACCCAGUAAUAAAGUGCAUUACUCUGCCUGCUCAGAAGUCUGAACACGAAUCUGGCCCCUGGGACCUGACCCCUGGUGCCCGCCCUGUGCUGCGAGGAUGGGGGCACUCGAUCCUUUCCCUUCGUCACAAGAUUUCUGCGGUCCUCGACUCUCACUGCCACACGUGCUGCGGAGGUGCCCAGUGAACGCUGCCCCUCCACCGUGAUGCCAUCCCGAGCAGGAGAGAGGGAACACAGACCACCCCAUGCCCAGCAAUCGGCUGACAGCCUGAUUUUACAGAAAUGAAGGCAACGCGACCGCCAGGGGCUAAGCACGACACAGGCCUGAGCUUUAAUCAGGGGAGGAACGACUCGAGAUCAGCAACUCAUUGACAGCAAUUUUGCAAACCCAGCAGUCAAUCAGCAACAGUUAAAAGCAGGUUUGAUUGGACAUGGCUGCUUCCAAACCUGACGGGUGGCAGCAGACGUGGGGUUCCCAGUUUGUGUUCUACAGCAGGAGACCCAUCCCGUUAAAUCCAGCCUCCUUUGGAGCAUCUCCUGCAAGUUUCUGGGCACAUUUCUAAAUGUGGGGAGGCUCCAGCAGCCCUUCACGUGUGCUCCCUUUCAACCAAAGUUGCGCUGAAGCACCGUGCAGAGCCCCUUGGCGCUGGAGCGCAGGCUUAGCUCCGGCUGCGCAAGGAACCAGAGCAUCCGGAGAAAGUUCAUCGUCAUCCGGACUCUGCUAAAUCAUGAGUUGUGGGUCAAGCCCUCAGCAGGGGAAGGUGAAAGAGCGCCAAGUCACUGGAAGGGAGUCCAUAAAUCUACCAAAGGCCUUGAGCUGCCCAAGAAACACAUUUAAAAAAAAGCAGAGCAUAAGCAAAUCUAGGGACAGGAUGCUCGCAGCACAGAGCGCUGUGGGGGGAGCAGGAUGCCGUGGGAGAAGCCUGGGACUGGGGGUUAACACGGACACUCAGUUGUCUCAGGAUGGCUGGGAACGGCUCUGCUGCUUCCAAGGGUCUGAGACAGGGUGAAGCACUAAAUACUAUAGGGGUCCUUGUGCACGGAGAGUCUCCCUGCUAGGGGAUACCAGCGAUGAUGGAAAAAGCCAAAUCCGUCUCUUACACAGAAAUACUUUGUACUGCAGCUGGGGAAGAAGCCAGUCCCCUCAGACACAACAGCACCCAGUUCAGCAAAGCAACUCACGUCCGUUCUCCUUCCUUAAUAAGUUACUUACGCAGUUUCACAGCGGGAGAGCGCAGAGCUGCUUUGCCCGAGAGCCCUCUGGGGCGGAGGCCCUUUGGGAUCCGCACCGACCCGGGACCAUCCUGGGCACAAGGGCACAGCAACACCGAGCAGCCCCAAAACCAGCCGGCGAACAUGAAGCUUCAUGCUGGCACGACCCACAGCUUUGGUCCUGAAUCUUCCCUAAGGCUUCCUUUUGCUAAAACCCUGGCAUUUUCAAUGAAGAAACAGAAGAUAAGUACACAAUACUAAGACACUUAAUGUGCGACAUAACCAGGAGAACAAUAUAUUCAGUUUCAAGUUACUUAAACAUGUAAAACUUGGUAUUUGACCUAUUAAAAUUCUUCUUAAACUCUC